UGCAAAUUUUCUUUAAUUAAACGCGAAUAUUGCGAACUUGUAAUGUGAUAAGAAUAAUUAUUAGAAAAGAAAUGUGUAUAAAAGCGUUGACGAGCACAGCUCAGAAUCAUACUUAAAUUUGACAGCAUUUCAUUUUGUCGUGUGGAAUUUUUUCCCAACAAUAACUUUUCGAACAUGUUCAAGUUCACUUUAUUUUUAUUUUCAGUGAAUGUGGCCAUAAACUCUCUGUUUGUGGGGGCAGCAAUUGAUAGUACAGCCCGUUUAGGCCAAAAUACAACUAUUGACUCGAGUGCGGACAUAAAGGCCAAUGUAGAAGUUGGUAAUUCUGUUUCUGUUGGUCGGUCUUCUUCAAUUGGAGAAAGAAGUAAACUCGGCCAAAAUGUCAAUAUCGGUCAGAACUGUACUAUCGGUAGUGACGCGAUCAUUUCAAAUUUCACAGUCAUUGGCAGUGGUACUACAAUCGGAAAUGGCUGUACUCUCUCUGAGUUUACAAGUAUAGGAUCGCGUGUGAAAAUCGGGAACGGAGUAAAAGUGAGUAAAUACGUAUCCGUUGCAAACGGUGUCGAAAUUAAAGACAAUAGUAUUGUCGAUGAUUUUUGCGCAAUUCGAUCGAACAUACCAUCAAACGUGUACAUUGGUAAAUUUGCAUCGGUCCAAGCGAAUUCGAUCGUUAACGACUUGGCAAUCGUUCAUAAAUACGUUAAUAUAGCAAGUAAUACUACGGUUCAAAACAACGCAGUCAUAAUGCGAGCACCCACAACCAAUGAACUGUUUGAGAAAUCUGCACCGAUCGCCAACAUAUCAGAUACACAAAUCCAAGGUGCAAGUGAUAAAAGUGCUGUUCUUUCGACCACAUUCAAUACUAUGUUCGACGGCUUAUUGGAUGCCCAGAUCAAUGAUCUGAAAUCAAAGUGUGUACAAGGGGGAAAUACGAUAUUUAAACCAGAUCUGGCUGCAAUCAAAACAUUGUAUUUAAUUCGUAGUGGCAUAGAAAGUUCCUUGUCGUCGCAAGCGGGAACGAAUCCACAACCGGGAACAAAUACUCCACAACAGUCGGUGACUAUUGAGUCGAAGGACGGGAAUAUUUUCGUCGGUGUAGGCUUUAGGUAA